AUGUUUGAGAAUGACAAUCAAGAGGAGCAAGAUGAAGUGAUUAAAGAAGAUUUAGAUAAACAAGAUUAUGUGAUAAUUAAACACCCAUUCUUUAUUAAUGAUCAGAGUGAUAUUAAUUUAAAACCAAGUGAGAAUAAGUAUGAAUAUAAGUUUACUGAUACAAUUGAAUCACCUUUUCUUCUUUCAAAUUUAAAUGGAAACAAUUUAACCGUUUAUUUAGAAAUAGAAAUAGAUGAAGAUAAUAACGGAAAGAUAUUGAAUAAUUAUAGAAAUAUACAAAACUUUGCUAAACCUGCUGAUUUUACUGUACCCAUGUCUGAAAAAGCAAAUAAGUUUUACGCUAAUAUUGAUAAAAUAUUGAAUUUGGGAAAUAUUGAUGAUUUGGAAGAGUUUGCACCCAUGUUUGAGAAAUUUUCUAAUCGGAAUCAAUUUCCAGAUAUUCCACCACCCCAAAUAUUUGUAGGAGGACACAUGACCUCUUUUAAGAUUGAAGAUGAAAAACCUCUAGAAAAAAAUUAUUUCUAUUGUAAAGGAAUUCAAAUCAAAAUUACUGAUGAUAUUCCUACAAAUCCCACUAAAGAGAUUGUAAACCUUAUCAAAGAAAAACUAGAACCUGUUACUUUUGAUAGACUGGAAGAAAUUUUUGAGAAUAUAAAACACAUUAAAAUGUUCAGAUAUAAGGAAUUACCAACAAUACUUUCUAAAAACAAUAUUAACUAUGAUAUUUAUUUAAUUAGAAAAUGCAUACCUCUUUACUACUAUUUUUAUUUAAGUGGUCCCUUUAGAGGAUACUGGGUUAGAUAUAAUUAUGAUCCCAGAAAGUAUGUUGAAAACUAUCAAAAUCAAAUCUUAUAUAUUAAAAAGAAAAAUAUUAAGUUGUGGGUCAAAGACAAUUCUGUACUUAUUAAGGAAAUAGAAAAGAAUAAGAAUUGGUUUUUGUACGAUAACUUUGACAUUAAAAAAGGAUUUCUAUCAGAUGCUGUAUAUGAUUUUGUUGAAUAUUUAAUGAACUCAGAUAACCAGGAUGUUUUAUUUGAGUCUGAAGAAGAUGCUGGAAUAUUUGAAACAUUUGACUGA